CACUUAUUUAUCAAUGUAUAAGGGUACUGUGGCAUGUAAUCAACAUUUUAAAAUGUGUAGUAAUCGUUGUUUUCAGUUUCAAUACACAACUCUUCAACUACGCCCCGCCCAAAAAAUAUUUCACAAAUAGAUAUGAUACAUUAGACCGGAACUAUCACUGUAUGGAAUAUAGUUGUCAGUUACCAUUUCACAGUCUUACAACAAUGUUGGUCUACACUUUAAUGUGUUUUCUAUUUAUAAUUGGUGAAUGUUUAACAUAUAAUAGUCAAUGGGUGCCUAGUUUUUACUUGGGUACAUAUCCUGAAAGGUUUCAAACAUUAAGAAUGUCACGGGGAUCAUGCGUUGUUUCUUUAAACACUUACAGAAACAAACAUUAUAAUGUAGAAAUACCUUUAAUCAAUGGAUCAACACCAGCAGGUUUUUGUUCAAUAUUGUUAAACAGCAUUGAGAACUCAAGUUUAGCCAUAGCAAUAGAACAAGGAUUGACAGACUUAAACAACAGUAUAAUGAAUCAAAGCAUCAAAUUAUUUAGAGUCAAAAAUGGAAAUUUGAAUCUUAUCCAAGAUGUCUGUGGAUCACCUGAUGUUCCCGGUUUAACAUUGGCCGAAUCAAACAUUGCAAUACUUUUAAUAAAAGCAGACCAAAUAAUUAAUUUUUCAUUAAGUGUGUACACAUAUCAAUCUUUAAAUAUUAACAUGUAA